AUGGCCCCGGCUGAAAGGAAAAGACAAUUCGCGGCGCUGGACCGGUAUAUCAAUGCCAACGCCGAGGGCAUGCCGCCGGGCCUUGUGGAAAAGUACAAAGACUCCUUCGGCAGCGGAACAAAGAAGUUUGAGAAGGCGUGGCUUCUUGACCCGACGAUGAAGAACGUCGAAAUCGAGAGCUACUAUGUCCAGAAGCAUGAGAAGUCCAGCAAAGGUGAGUACGAGGAACUCAGUCUGAUGGACUGGGAGGAGAUCUACAAGACGCCGGAGCAGCGAGAAUGGCUUGCCAAGAUCAUUGCCGGUGUCUUGCUCUAUCUAGGCCAGCAGGGCAAGCCCCACCCGCAGGACAAGGACAAUCCGAGAGCUCGCUUGUACAAAAUUUUCCGCAGGAACAAAGAUGUGGACAAGGUGCAAAGUGAGGUUGGCACGAAGACCAGUGCCAAAGGAGCUGUGAGUGAAGCUGCGGCGCCGCUGGUGUCUGAGAUCCUGGAGGGUGCCCAGGCGGACUUUGCGGGUGCCCAGGAAGCUCCCAAAGGGAAAGGCAAGGGCAAGGGCAAGGACAAAGACAAAGAAGAAAAGAAGGUCGACCCGGAAGCGCAGGCAAGAAAAGAGCUGGAGAAAGACAUCAAUGCUAUCUCCAAGCUGGCGGGAGAAGCCAGGAAUAUGGGACUUUUGCUAACAGAGUGGCAAGUGCCGCAUGUGGACUCGGUGCAAAAGGGCUUGCAGAAGCACGUUAUCAUCUUGAAGAAGAUUGAAGAGGAGAUUGAAAGUAUGAUUUUCAACAAAACGAAGCCUACAAGGACAUUUGCCACGCCCAGGGGUCAAUCGAUGCAGAGAAGCGCCGCUGGAGCCUUGGGUUGUGAAAUCGUUGUCAAUCUAUUUCGUUUGUACCGAAGCGUCCUGACCAGGUGUUAA